CUUUCCGGGGACUUUUCAAACGGUGGAGAUGGUGGUUGGAAACCCGGGAACUUGGCUGCUCCACUGUCACGUGACCGACCAUAUCCAUGCAGGCAUGGAGACCACUUUUACCAUCAAAGAUCCCAAAAACUCUACUCAUGCUGUUUUGGCAGAGAUGACGACAUCAGUCAGCCAAUAGCCUGUAGGAGGCACCCUUGAGGGACCUUGGGGGUGUGUGUAUAUAAAGACACAGUAUGUAAGUAUGUUCCUUUUGCAGAUGCAGCAAUCUGUUGGUGGAUGGUGUUGCCUACAGACUUAACAGGUAAGCCCUAUGUUUUCACUAUUGAGCAAUAAAAGAUCAUUUAGCGUAGCUUUACCUCAAUAAAAACACUUAAACAAAAAUAAUACUGAACAAAAUUGUAUUUAAUAUAUUUUUCCAGCACAAAACCUAUUUUUAAAUGACCUCCGUCUUAAAUACACUGACUAAAUACUUACACUUUUAUAUUUCUAACCCCCUUGAAAAGGCCACGUGGCUUUACAGUAAAACAAAUAGUUUAUUAGUCAGUUAAACAAUUUUUUUAAAUAAGUAUUUGCUAUUAGGCCCAGAUGUUGGUCAAUGAUCGGCAACAACAAUGAUUUUCAUGCUCUGCUUUUAACUUAUUCAAGCUUGAGGUCAUGAUGACCAAAAAUUAACACUCCCCAAACACUGCAGCAAAUACCUUAUUUACCAAUAAUUCUUUUCUACAUGAAGCAAGUCCAAAAACUAAUUUAGCCAGAAAUAUGUAUGUAUAUAUAUAUAUAGCAAAUGGCAAUAAUAUGUUGGUUAUUUAAUCCUUUAAAAGUGAAUAUAGAGCUGCUGUUUUUAUGGGAAAUUUUGUUUUUAAAUAACAACACAUACACCGUCACAGACACAGUCACAAACACACACUGUUAAAAUACACGUUAAAUCCUAGUGACAUGCACCCUUGCAGAAAACUGUAAAAUGUGUGUAAUUUUGCUGCAUGCUUUAAAUGGGAAACAGUGGCACCAUCUGGUGGACAAAAAUGAAUAUAGCAAUGAAAGCCAGUACAAGUGCAGUCCAAGUAAUUAUCCAUCCAUCCAUUUUCUACCGCUUGUUCCCUUUUUUGGGGUCGCUGGCGCCUAUCUCAGCUACAAUCGGGCGGAAGGCGGGGUACACCCUGGACAAGUCGCCACCUCAUCGCAGAGCCAACACAGAUAGACAGAAUACAUUCACACUCACAUUCACACACUAGGGCCAAUUUAGUGUUGCCAAUCAACCUAUCCCCUGGUGCAUGUCUUUGGAAGUGGGAGGAAGCCGGAGUACCCGGAGGGAACCCACGCAUUCACGGGGAGAACAUGCAAACUCCACACAGAAAGAUCCCGAGCCUGGAUUUGAACCCAGGACUACAGGAACUUCGUAUUGUGAGGCAGAUGCACUAACCCCUCUGCCACCGUGAAGCCCUUCAAGUAAUUAAAAUUUUGCAUUAGUGUGUGAUGAAAAACGACAUUUUAAGUUAAGUGACAGAGGUGACGACUGGAAUAUAUUUUAUGAAAUUAAUAUAUCCUCUUGCAACUCAUUUAACACAAACAAAAUUAUUUGAAAAUUAAAUACUGGAUGGCCCAAAAUGUCACUAGGAUCUCUUAAACUGCUGCUCACUGCUCCCCUCACCUCCCUGGGGGUUUAAAAGGGGAUGGGUCAAAUGCAGAGGACAAAUUUCACCACACCUAGUGUGUGAGUGACAAUCAUUGGUACUUUAACUUUAAUGGUUAUCACAUGAGACACUAGAAUGAAAGCAAACGCAACUAUGAUGCCCUGAGUAGCUGACUUGAUUUAUCCAGACUGAGUCACUUGCUUGUCAGCUGGUCAGGGUACAGUAAUAGCAAGGACAAAGCUCCAUUGGAUGGACCUCUAUAGCUGAGGACAAUUAGGCAGGGAGUUUAGGGGAGGGGGGUGUCAGUGAGUGCGGGGGCAGUGAGGUGAUGAGUCCCAUUUUUCUCUCAGAGUCCAGUUUGUACCAGUUUUGCCCGCUUUUUCUUCUCAGCAAACAACAGAACUCUAGUGGUUCCGUCAUAGGUGCUCACUCAGUCAUAGCGGGGAUCGCAGUCUAAUAAUGUUCCAGCUGUCCUUUUUCAUGGGAACAUGAAGGAUGACUUAAACACACAGGCAGCACAUUCGGUUAUCUUCAGCAGGGUUCAAAGUUAAUUGCCGUCAUAAAAGUUGCCCUAACAGUACUUCUGCAACGAUAUGCCGAAUAUAAAAGCUCCCCUUCCCCCUUGUUCCUUUGUCUUCCCAGAUAAAGUGAUCUCUGAGUCUUCAUCAGCCAGUGAGGCGACACAACCAACUCCCUCUCCUUCCCCUCAGUCUCUCUCUACACUCCAGAUCUUCACCACUGUAAUAUUUUCUUCCCUGGACCAUGGCUCCGACGCUGGCAACAGCGUUCGCCCGCCGCUGGUGGAUGGCAGUGACCGCUAUCAUUGAGAAUCUCCUCUUCUCGGCCGUGCUUCUAGGAUGGGGAUCGCUCCUCAUUAUGCUCAAAUCCGAGGGCUUCUACUCGUACCUUUGCAGCGACGAGGGCAACAGCUCCAACUACAACUUGUCCAUGACAACAAACGAAGCUCCCGACGACUACGCUGAAUAUUAUGAAGAUAUCGACGGGGCCCUGGUGGCCCUGGGGGACGGGGUGGAGAUGAAGCCACUGGCCCCCGCCGAUGGCCAACUGAAAAUGAACGGCUGGCUAAUCUGUAAAGAGCAGGACGAGAUGCUGAACCUGGCCUUCACUGUGGGCUCCUUCCUCCUGUCAGCCAUCACGCUACCAAUGGGAAUUGUGAUGGACAAAUACGGACCUCGCAAACUCCGACUUUUGGGAACUACAUGCUUUGGCUUGUCCUGUCUGCUCAUUGCAUAUGGAGCAUACCAACCAAACGAACUUUCUGUCCUUAUCUUUAUUGCCCUGACUUUCAACGGCUUCGGGGGCAUGUGCAUGACCUUUACCUCCCUGACGUUGCCCAAUAUGUUCGGUGACCUGCGUUCCACCUUCAUCGCCCUGAUGAUUGGCUCCUACGCAUCCUCCGCUGUCACCUUCCCUGGUGUGAAGGUGAUUUAUGACUUUGGAGUACCUUUCAUCACUAUUCUGGUCGUAUGGGCUGCGUGUGCUGGACUGGUGUUCAUCAACUGCUUCCUCAACUGGCCAUUAGAACCCUUCCCAGGACCAGAAGACAUGGACUACACGGUCAAGAUCAAGUUCAGCUGGCUGGGCUUUGACCACAAAAUCACAGGCAAACAGUUCUAUCACCAAGUGACCACAGUGGGCCGUCGUCUCAGCGUGGGUAACAGCCUAGUACAAAAGGAUCUGCCCAUCAAGGAAGGCCACAAGCUCUGUCUCUCCACCACGGACCUGGAGUUGGAGAGCAAGUCCAAGGAGGAGUCCCAGUCUUUCCUGAAAACUAUCAUCAGCCCUAUCUUCCUGCUCAGUCUGGUGACCAUGUCGGUCACUCAGCUCCGUCUUUUGUUCUACAUGGGGGCAAUGAACAGUGUCCUCGAGGCACUCAGUGAUGGGGACCUCAACACAGUAAGUUUGUACUCCUCCAUCUUUGGCGUGCUGCAACUCCUCUGCCUUAUGACUACUCCUGUGAUCGGCCAAAUUAUGGACUGGAAGUUGAAAGAGUGCGAGGACGAAGAUAAAUCAAAGGACACCUGUAGCAAGGACAUGACAAAAACAAAGCCAAGAGACAGAAAGAUCCAGAAGGUGACCAACGCCCUACGAGCAUUUGUACUAACAAAUCUUCUUCUGGUGGGCUUUGGGAUCACUUGCCUGAUACCUAACCUUCCCCUGCAAAUUGUUUCAUUCAUCUUGCACACAGUGGUGAGAGGAUUCAUUCACUCAGCCGUGGGUGGUCUUUACGCUGCUGUGUACCCUUCCUCGCAGUUUGGCAGUCUAACAGGCAUGCAGUCACUAGUCAGUGCUGUCUUUGCUCUGCUGCAGCAGCCACUCUUUUUGGCUAUGAUGGGACCCCUGGAGGGAGACCCAUUCUGGGUCAACAUCGGCCUGUUCGCUGUCAGCAUGCUGGGCUUCCUGCUGCCGCUGUACCUCAUCUGUUACAGACAGACACUACAUAAAGAGCGGCACAUGAAGGAGAACAACGCCAAGAUCUACAUCAAAAUCAACGGCUCAGACAUCCCAGAGGCCUUUGUUUAGCUAAAGUAGACAUCAGGGCAAAGACACCAUGAAGGACGAUUGAUACGGGGUAAUAGACAACUGAAAGGUGUCAUGCAAGCAGUGGCGUGCUAAAGGACAAAUCCUGUUAAAAUACUAUAUUUAUAAAAUUAUAUGAGCAUAUGUCAUCAUAUUUGUGGAAGUCUACCACACUCUGUGAAAUAGUGAGAAGACGAAGAGGAAGAGGAAAAGACUGUGAAAGGAAAGAGGCAUCCGCACUCUGUAUUCCCCCAAAUUCCUCUCCUUUUUUUAUCCUUUACAGUAUUUCACGUAACUGGUUGUUUUCACCAGUAGAACGGAAUAGUAUUCUUCUUACAGAUGGAUUUCACAAUUAUUUUCUUAAUUAGACAUGUUUAUUUUUCGGAUACCACAUUACUUUGUCGAUGUUAAAAUGCUGUUCAUUAAUGUAGAGACCAAGUUUUUGCACAUUUAAGUGGCUUACAUUGUUUUUAAGUAUGCACUAUAGCAUUUGCUGUACUGUAUGUUAGAGCCUUUAAGGUUUUACUGUCUUUUGUACAAGGGACAUCACAUAAACUGCAGUACUUGUAUUGCUAAAAGCAAAGUAUCCAUUUGAAUAUUUAUUUUUGUGACAUUCUGUCUUUAGGUUUUGUAAGUUUACCAAAUGUGCCUUUUGAGUCUUUAUAUAAAGAUUUGUUUUGAAACA